GGGCUAGAGGGUUUCUCUCUCUUCUUUUGUAGAUUUAUCGUGUCGAGUUGCUGGGCGACCGGCCAAUGAAGCGCCUGGGGCCCGGCAAGGCUGGCGAGGAGCGGGAGGUGCGCCACCACGAUCACCACGACAAGAGCGGGCAGCCCUCGCGCUCGCUGGGUGCGCUUGGUCUCGUUUUCAUCCUUGGGCUUGCCAUGGGCGCCGUGGCGCGCGGCGGUGGCCCGUCCACGGGUGAGAGCGCGGUGCCGGCGGCGACUGAGCCAUGGACGGUAAGCGUCGAGCCGCCGACGGCGAGUACAGGGUCUUCAAAGGCGAGCACCCCGGCUGCGAGCACCCCGGCUGCGGCGCAGGAGGCGGCGGCCAGCGAUCGGCCGUGCAACGUGGACGGCAGCGGCGAUUGCGGCGCUCACGGCCGCUGUUACUUGGGUUGGUGCGUGUGCGCGCGCGGAUGGCAAGGUCGGCGCUGCGAUGUGUCGGACGGAUCUCCCUGCACCAUGAACACCGCUGAGUCCGCGGCGCACCUCGACGCGUGCGAGGCCACGAUUCGGCGCGUGGACGAGCAAUACAAGAAGCGCAGUCGUAGUCGGGGCGGAGCGACGAUCGGGCGGGAAACGCGCGGCGGCGCCUGCGGGAGCGUGCUGGAGUCGACGGAUAAAUGUGCAGCGUCGCCGACUGCUGGCGCGGUCGUGGUCGAGGAGAGACGCUGGAGAUUGGCUCAGGCUUUUGAAGCAGCCACAUGGCGGCAGCUUGCAAGCCGCGGCCAGGACCGGGACGAGACGCACCUGCGCCAGUACGACGCGUACUCGAUGAUCUUCCCGCGCCACUUCGAGCGCGCGCUCGAAAUUGGAUGCGGCCCCUGGACGCAAACUCGCACUUUACUCGCGGCGACGGGCGCCACGGUUGGCACCCUGACGCUCUCGGACCCACUCUUGGAGACGUACAUCCAAGACGUGUCUACUUGUAGCUACAAAAAUGCGGACACGUAUCGGCGAACCCUUGCUGGGAAACGGAGGCCGGCCGGCCAGGCCGGCCCGGCUGGCCGACCCCCUUCCUACAAGCCCGAGUUCGUGAUCCGCAAACUCGAGUUCGCCCCAGCGGGCGGCGAGGACUUACGACCGGGUGGCGGCGUCGUCGUGCGCGACGCGACCACGGGUGCGACGCGGCCCUUCGGUGAUCAGGGGGGCUACGAUUUGGUCGUCAUGAUCAACGUGUUGGAGCACUGUCGCGACGCUUUGUCGACGCUCCAGAACGCGUUCAACGCCCUGAAACCCGGCGGCUAUUUCGUCCUCGAGGACCGGUACGCGGACUCGCAGUGGGCGCGCUACGAGCGCGGCAGGUCGCUCCGGUUUCCCGAUCGCGACAUCUCGCAGCGUAACUGGGGGAAGCAGGGUACGCCGUUCUGGGACGUCGGUCACCCGCUUCAGCCCAAGCGGGCGAUUUACACGCGCCUCGCGCGCUUCUUCGACGUACUGCACUGGCGGUCGAACUUGUGGCCAAACGAGGAGCACCCCGACGAGAUGUACUUCGUCGGCCGGAAGCGCGCCGACGUUCGGGACCUCGACGCCGAUUUUGAGUGGUACAUGUAAUUUGCUAGUCUUAAG